UAUUGGCAUUAAUAUGAUAGGUUGGGCCGAGGUCAACGAAGGACCGGGAGAGGUUCCCGCCCAACAACUUGCUUCUCAUGCUCGUGGGGGCUGGACUGCUAUGGAUGGGCUGGGCGGGCUUCAAUGGGGGCGACCCGUACGCGGCCAACACCGACUCUUCCUUAGCGGUGCUGAACACGAAUAUCUGCGCGGCCACCAGCCUCCUCGUGUGGACUUGUCUCGAUGUCAUCUUCUUUAAGAAGCCGUCGGUCAUUGGAGCCGUGCAGGGAAUGAUCACCGGACUCGUUUGCAUAACUCCCGGCGCAGGAUUGGUGCAAGGAUGGGCGGCCAUUGCCAUGGGCGUCCUCUCCGGCAGCCUCCCCUGGUUCACAAUGAUGAUAGUCCACAAACGCUCCUCCCUACUCCAGAAAGUAGACGACACACUCGGCGUUUUCCACACCCACGCCGUCGCCGGCUUCCUCGGUGGGGCCACCACCGGCCUCUUCGCCGAACCCACACUCUGCUCCCUCUUUCUCCCCGUCACAAACUCCCGGGGCGCCUUCUACGGCAGCCCCGGCGGAGUCCAGUUCCUAAAACAGAUUGUCGGCGCGCUCUUCGUUAUCGGCUGGAACGUCGUUGUGACCUCCAUUAUCUGCCUUAUUAUUCGCACCGCCAUCCCGCUUCGAAUGCCGGAGGAAGAGCUCGUUGUUGGUGACGACGCCGUGCACGGAGAGGAGGCGUAUGCGCUGUGGGGAGAUGGGGAGGCUUUCGAAGCUACGAAGCACGGGUGGUCUGAUGAUACUCAGCAUGGCGACGGUCGGAUUAAUCGAAGCUCGGCGGCGUAGGGAGAUUGAUACAGCUGGUGGUUCGGUGAAGAAGGAUGGAGAGUUUUGAUUCAAAACAUCUGGAGCAGUUUUCAAGUAGUACUUGAAUGUUACCAGCUGUGUUUUUCUUUUCUUUUUUUUUCUCUGCCUUAUUUGAACAUUGGUGUUUAUGUACUUACUUUACUGGUCUGUUAGAUAUUCUUUGAAUGAAAAAUUGAAUGAUUUAAUGA